UUUUUGGCAUCCACUUCUCACUAGCAUUGUGCCCUUGAAGAGCUGCUGAGGCUGUAGAAAUUCCUUUGCUGACAAACGUAUUGUUAUCUUUCAGGAGCCUGUUUGGUUUGGUUUGGUUUUUAAAUUUUCUUGGGAAGAAAAUGGCUUUCUUAAUGAAAAGCAUGUUGAGCAACCAGGUCAAGAAUUUAGGACUUGGUGGUGGAGGUGAGGAAAGCAAAGAAGAAAGUGGUCCUUCCGACCCAGCUGCAGCAGCAGGAAUGACUAGAGAGGAAUAUGAGGAAUAUCAAAAGCAAAUUGUUGAGGAGAAGAUGGAGAGAGAUGCAGCAUUUGCACAAAAAAAGGCAGAGAGAGCCUGUCUGAGGGUUCAUCUAAGAGAAAAGUACAGGCUGCCUAAGAGUGAAAUGGAUGAGAACCAGAUACAAAUGGCUGGUGAUGAUGUGGAUUUACCAGAAGACCUUCAGAAAAUGGUGGCAGAAGAUCAAGUAGAAGAAGAAGACAAGGAGUCUAUCCUUGGACAGUUACAGAACAUUCAGAAUAUGGAUAUAGACACUAUUAAAGAAAAAGCUCAAGCCACUUUCACUGAAAUAAAGCAAGCAGCUGAACAGAAAUGUUGUGUCAUGUAAACGAGAAACCAGGGCUUGAGAGUUUUUUGCAAACCAUAUGAAUUUAAUACUGUAUCAUGGGAGUUGCUGCACGGUACAAGCAAAAUUGAUGGAAUGCCAUAUAGUUCCAAAGCAGUAUGUGUACAUAUGAGAGAGCGAGAGAGAGAGACUUCUAAACCUCCAGAUUUAAAUCAAUGUAGGAGAUGUACCUGCUUAAAUCACACUAACCUAGAGCUGGUCAGCAUUUUUCAAACAAA